UGUUUCCCAUAAAAUAGAACUGGGAAAUAAGAAAAUAAGUGAUAGUAGUGGUGCUCCUCCCAAGGAAGAUCUGGGAUUGAUAAAAUUUAGGAAAUCGCUGAAUCCAGGAUUGGUAACUUAUAAAUGUCGCCUAGAGACAUUUGAUAUGACAUGGCCUGGAAGCGUCAAGAAAACUUCUCAUGAGCUGGCAGAAACUGGGUUUUUUUACUGUGGUAUAAGUGACCACGUCUGCUGCUAUCACUGCGCCUGUGGAAUACGAAAUUGGAGACCAGAAGAUGAUCCUUGGACGUUACAUGCGAGAUGUAGUCCAGAAUGUGCUUACAUUAUUCUUGCAAGGGGCAAGGAAUUUGUUAAGAAUGCUAGAUUGACAAUGCCAUUACGUAUAAAACCUAUAGACAAUGAUUUAAUUAAUAUCUUAAUGGAGGGUAUGGAUAAGUUCAAACAUCUGAUUCAUCAAAAAUUAAUACCUGUGGAGAGUAUAAGAUAUGCUUUAAGUGAGUACCUUAAGGAAUCCAGAGAUUUGUUACCUUUUAUUAUACAAAGUAGAUGUCUAGAAAUAGUGUUGAGGUAUAUGCAAGAGGGUACAGAUAUUUAUUUACGGGUACGGGACUUAAUUUAUGAAGCAGUUGAUGAUAAAGAGGAACAAGAAGUUACGCCUGAAGAUCUGGGAUUGAAAACUUUACCGGAGACUUGUAAUAGCACUGUUGAAAACAAGGACUGUGCAGAACAAUCUUGGGAAGAAGAUAUUUUAUGCAGAGUUCGCAGCAGCAACAGCGGUGUCAUCACGGAAGGCAGCAGCAGAAGCGGUGUCAUCACGGAAGGCAGCAGCAGCAGCAGCGGUGUCAUCACGGAAGGCAGCAGCAGCAGCGGUGUCAUCACGGAAGGCAGCAGCAGAAGCGGUGUCAUCACGGAAGGCAGCAGCAGCAGAAGCGGUGUCAUCACGGAAGGAAGCAGCAGCAGCGGUGUCAUCACGGAAGGCAGCAGCAGCAGAAGCGGUGUCAUCACGGAAGGCAGCAGCAGCAGCAGCGGUGUCAUCACGGAAGGCAGCAGCAGCAUCAGCAGCAGAAGCGGUGUCAUCACGGAAGGCAGCAGCAGCAGCAGCGGUGUCAUCACGGAAGGCAGCAGCAGCGGUGUCAUCACGGAAGGCAGCAGCAGCAGAAGCGGUGUCAUCACGGAAGGAAGCAGCAGCAGCAGCGGUGGCUCUCACCCACCUUACACUACUGGCCAACAAAGUAAAGUCUUCCCCGUGUCUCACCAUCCCCCAGAGUCUCACCAUCCCCCAGAGCCUCACCAUCCCCCAGAGCCUCACCAUCCCCCAGAGCCUCACCAUCCCCCAGAGCCUCACCAUCCCCCAGAGUCUCACCAUCCCCCAGAGUCUCACCAUCCCUCAGAGUCUCAACAGCUUUCCGCGCCGUCCUAA